AUGAGACAGGGCCCUGAGGUACCCUCUGCUGUGGCAGCAAUCCGCACUCUCCUGGAAUUCCUCAAAAGAGACCAAAGUCAGAUUUACCUUCAGACAAAACCUUACUUUUCUACUCUCCUUCACUUAUUAUACUGAUGUGUAGUGAAUCAAGAGGAACAUAUUUUGUCUGAUGGUUAUUAGCAAAUAGACAAGUUGUGGUAUUGAUUGGCUGGAUGCUUUAUGUCCCUGAGCAGGUGAGACCAUCCUGGGCCUGAGAGAGAACCUGACCCAGACCAUCGGGUGUCUGGAGGAGGCUGACUCCUCUGUGGCUGUCUCGUCUGGUGGCAAACUGUUCCUCCGCUUCAUCAGCCUCACAUCACUGGAGCACCCUGUGAGUAGAGGGCCUUCACCUAUCCCUCUCGCUGCAACAUCUAGGCUACUCUUAUACACUCUGAGCCCACUUUACUGUGAUUUUACAUGUAUUCAAUAGUGAGUGUACCUCGAGUUGUCCAACGUACCAAACGUACCAUCGUGAUUUGAGAUGUCAUUAUCAGAAAUGUGUUUUAUUUGUCCCCCGAACAGGAUCUCUCUCAAUGCAAGAAAGUGAUGGUAGAGAGAGGAGAGCUCUUUCUAAAGAAAAUAUCCCUUUUCAGGAGUAAAGUAGCGAAACUAUGCCAUACCUUUAUCAAGGAUGGAGCUGUAAGUAUUUCUAUAGAAUUUUGUUUUUUGAAUGACGUCUCAAACCCGCUCCACUCAUGGUGAUUCUGCCUCUGACAAACACUGUGUUCUCUAUUGUCAUUCACAGAAAAUACUGACACACUCCUCCUCCCGGGUGGUUCUUAGGGUAGCAGCCGACAAGAAACGCUUAAUUGUCUAA